AUCUUUGGUCUUCUCUUCACACCCUCAAGUAAUCUCUAACUCAUUUUGCUGCAUUUUUGUUUUUGUUCAACAUAAUUUCCAUGGCAGGUGAUCUCAAUGAAGCUGUGAAGAAAGAGGAGGCAGGUUUGAAGGUGAAAAUCAUAGGCAAAAGCCAUGUCAAACCCAACAAGAAACUUGGUAAAAAACACUGUCAAUUGGUCACAUUUGACCUCCCCUAUCUUGCCUUCUACUACAACCAAAAGCUCCUCCUCUAUGGUGACAAUGGCGGCGAGGUGAAGUUCCCUGAGACCGUAGAGAAGCUGAAGGAUGGUCUCGAGACGGUUCUCGAGCCGUUUCAUCAACUUGCUGGGAGGUUGGGCAAGGAUGAGGAUGGCAUUUUUACAGUUCAGUAUGACGAUGAUAUGGAAGGCGUCGAGGUGGCCGAAGCUGUCGCCCAUGAUGUUGCCAUAGCUGAUUUGGUGGCAGAGGAAGGUACAGCCACCCUUAAGGAGUUGAUUCCUUACAAUGGGAUCCUGAACUUGGAAGGACUACAGAGGCCAUUGCUGGCUGUUCAGAUAACCAAGCUUAAAGACGGAGUCGCGAUGGGGUGCGCGUUCAAUCACGCCGUACUUGAUGGAACCGCCACGUGGCAUUUUAUGAGUUCAUGGGCUGAGAUCUGCCGCGGGGCCCAGGACAUAUCCGUCCCUCCAUUUCUCGAGCGUACCAAAGCGCGUAACACACGAGUGAAACUCGACAUAUCCCUUCCACCGGAACCCGCCGCCGCUAAUGGCAAUGCAGCGGCGGCGAAACCGCUAAAGGAGAAGGUCUUCAAAUUUACAGAAGCGGCCAUUGAAAAGAUCAAAUCAAAAGUGAACUCAGCAAAUCCACCAUCGAACGGCUCAAAUCCAUUCUCCACUUUCCAAUCACUGUCCGUCCACAUAUGGCGCCACGUCACCCAAGCUCGAAACCUAAAACCAGAGGACAUCACCGUCUUCACCGUCUUCGCAGACUGCCGCAAACGCGUCGAUCCGCCAAUGCCAGAGAGCUACUUCGGAAACCUAAUCCAAGCUAUAUUCACCGGCACCGCCGCAGGACUACUACUGAUGAAUCCGCCGGAAUUCGGCGCUGGAGUGAUCCAAAAGGCAAUCGUUUCACACGACGCAGCGGCGAUCGAUCAAAGGAACAAAGAAUGGGAGAGCGCGCCGAAGAUCUUCGAGUUCAAGGACGCCGGAAUGAACUGCGUGGCAGUGGGGAGUUCGCCGAGAUUUAAAGUGUACGAGGUGGAUUUCGGAUGGGGAAAACCGGAGAGCGUGAGGAGUGGAUGUAAUAACAGAUUCGAUGGGAUGAUGUAUCUGUAUCAAGGGAAGAGCGGAGGGAGGAGCAUUGAUGUGGAGAUAAGCUUGGAGGAAGAAGCAAUGGCGAGGCUGGAGAAGGAUAAGGAGUUUGUUACAGAGAUUUAGGGUUUCGCAGUGGUUGAAUAAAGUGGAAGAGGAGGGAGUUGGAAAUGAUGAUGAUGAUGGGAUUUUGAAUUUCUCGGGGAAAUUGCUUUUUUUUUAUAUAUAUAUAUAUAUUGUUAUUAUAAUAUUUAUGUCACUUUUUUAAAUUGGGGAAAGGCAUUCCAUUUUUAUUUUAAGAAUGAAAUUGGAACUUUAUAAGUUACAAGACAGCCAAGCCGAAGCAAGUGGUGGAUAGAUAUAUCGCCGGGAUGAAAUGAAACUAAUUAUCUUUUUUCUUUUUCCUUUUUUUUAAUUAUAAAUUUAAUCUCUAUAAUUUAGAAAAA